AUGAACGCCCAGCUCCGUAUGAUAACUAUUUUCUUACUUUCUGCGAUAAUCUUGGUCUUCGCCGCCCCUUAUUCAGGUAAUCGGGAUGACUUUUUCAGAAGAAGACUAUAAUUUUUAGAAGAAUACGACGAAAAUCUGCUGAAAGACUCUCAGCCACAUUUAUUGCUCAACUUGUUGAAACGGCCAGGUACUUGGGAUUAUUACAAAAUAUAGAUGGAUUAAACUUUCAGCGCGGUUUCACCCAAUGGAAAACCACGACCAGCUCAUCAAGGCCAUUUUGAAGUCACGGCGAUAUUAA